GAGCGCGUAGCGCGAUCAUCUCCACAAGAUGAGCUACUUUGUUUACGUCCUGUGAACGCUCAACAAAUCUAUAGGUUAGAAAGGAGGUUUUCAAAUAUUUUUAUGUAACAAGAGAAGUAUUUCAGCAAACAUGGGGAAAGACAAAGACCGGGACCGAGGCGCCAAAAGGCCUGGAACAUCUAAAAGGUAUGAAGAGUCCGAUUCAAGUGAGUCGGAGACAGAGAAAACCAGGAAGCAAGAUUUGCAGGAAAGGGAUGCAUUCGCAGCACGUCUCAAGAAAAAGGAUCAGGAUAAGACUAGGAAUGUCGCAGAAGCUCAAGGAAAAAAGUUUGAGGAAGCCGCAAAACGUAUCAAACUUGAGCAAGGGAACCUUGAAAAGCUCGUCCCCCACCUUAGGAUUGAAUCAAGACGAAAAUAUUUAGAGAAACGUAAAGAUGACAAAAUAGCAGAGCUGGAAGCCGAUAUCCAAGAUGAUGAAUUUCUUUUCGAAGAAACUGUGUUGACAAAAAAGGAAAAGAAAGACCGAGAAUACAAAAAGACAGUUCUUCAUUUAGCAAAAGAACAUGAUCGGGCGAGAGAACUUGAAAAUAUUCAGAGGUAUCACAUGCCCCAUGACAAGAAGAAAGGAGAUGACAAAUAUGAGGAGGUUGAUGAAAAAGAAAAACAGCCUCACUCUGAGCAAAAGAAAUGGGAAGAAGAACAAAUGGCGUCUGCAACUUUUCGGUUUGGAGCCAAGAAAGGAGUUAAAAAGGAACAGGAAGAUUAUGAUUUUGUUUUUGAUGAACAAAUUGCUUUUGUUCAAGCACUUCAGCUGGCUGGAACUGAGGAAAUGACAAUGAAGGAAAAGGAGAAAACUGUUUCUGAAGCCCAAAAGAAAAAGAUGGACCUUGAAGAAACCAAACGUAGCCUCCCAAUCUAUGCCUUCAAAGAGGCAUUAAUAGACGCUGUUCGCGAUCAUCAGGUUCUUAUCAUUGAGGGAGAGACUGGCUCGGGAAAAACUACUCAAAUUCCACAGUACCUUCAUGAAGCUGGCUUCACUGAAGGUGGUAAAAAAAUUGGCUGUACACAACCAAGAAGAGUGGCUGCUAUGUCUGUUGCAGCUCGAGUUGCUCAGGAAAUGAGUGUAAAACUAGGCAAUGAGGUUGGUUACAGUAUUCGCUUUGAAGACUGCACUUCGGAGCGAACCAUUAUCAAAUACAUGACUGAUGGUACCUUGCACCGAGAAUUUCUCUCUGAACCUGAUCUCCAGGCAUACAGUGUCAUGAUUAUUGAUGAAGCUCAUGAACGUACACUUCACACUGAUAUUUUAUUUGGUCUGGUCAAAGAUAUAGCUCGGUUUCGUCCAGAGCUGAAACUUUUAAUAUCUAGUGCAACUCUUGAUGCAGAGAAGUUUUCUACAUUUUUUGACAAUGCUCCAAUCUUUAGAAUUCCUGGUCGUCGUUUCCCUGUGGAUAUUUACUACACCAAAGCCCCUGAGGCUGAUUACAUUGAUGCUGCCACAGUUUCCAUUCUUCAAAUUCAUGCAACUCAGCCACUGGGUGAUAUUCUUGUAUUUCUUACUGGUCAAGAAGAAAUUGAAACUUGUCAAGAAAUCCUGCAAGAAAGAGUAAAGCGUCUGGGAUCCAAACUAAAGGAGCUACAGAUCCUUCCAGUUUAUUCAAACCUGCCAUCAGAAAUGCAAGCCAAAAUUUUUGAGCCCACCCCUCCUGGCGCACGCAAAGUGGUGCUUGCUACAAAUAUUGCUGAAACCUCCCUUACAAUUGAUAAUAUUAUUUAUGUGAUAGACCCCGGGUUUUGCAAACAAAACAAUUUUAAUUCAAGGACAGGCAUGGAGUCAUUGAUUGUCGUUCCCAUCUCCAAGGCCUCAGCUAAUCAGCGCGCAGGCCGGGCCGGCCGUGUCGCCGCUGGGAAGUGCUUCCGCCUCUACACUGCCUGGGCUUACAAACACGAGCUGGAAGAGAACACGGUGCCAGAGAUCCAGAGAAUUAACUUGGGCAAUGCCGUGUUGAUGCUCAAAGCACUGGGCAUAAACGACUUGGUUCAUUUUGAUUUUCUGGACCCUCCUCCUCAUGAGACGUUGGUGUUGGCUUUGGAGCAGCUGUAUGCGCUUGGAGCAUUGAAUCACCAUGGAGAGCUCACCAAACUGGGUCGGCGUAUGGCUGAGUUCCCUGUAGACCCCAUGAUGGCAAAAAUGAUUUUGGCAUCUGAAAAGUACAAAUGUGCAGAUGAGAUUGUAACAAUAUGUGCCAUGCUCUCUGUGAAUGGGGCCAUCUUUUACCGCCCCAAGGACAAAAUUAUCCAUGCAGAUACUGCAAGAAAAAAUUUCAAUUGUCCUGGUGGAGAUCACUUGGUCCUGCACAAUGUUUACAAGCAGUGGGCAGACACAGAGUUUAGCACCCAAUGGUGUUAUGAAAAUUUUAUUCAGUACAGGUCCAUGAAACGUGCAAGGGAUGUUCGAGAACAGUUAGUUGGGCUUAUGGAAAGAGUAGAAAUUGAGAUAGCCUCUGCUGAGGGAGAAACAGUCAACAUUCGUAAGGCCAUCACAGCAGGUUAUUUUUACCAUAUUGCUCGGCUUUCUAAAGGUGGUCAAUACAAGACAGUUAAGCACAAUCAAACUGUUAUGAUUCAUCCAAACAGUAUGUUGUUUGAGGACUUGCCCCGCUGGAUCCUAUAUCAUGAACUUGUCUUCACUACCAAGGAGUUCAUGCGUCAGGUAAUAGAAAUCGAAAGCAAGUGGCUUCUAGAGGUGGCUCCUCAUUACUACAAGGCAAGAGAACUUGAAGAUUCUACCAACAAGAAAAUGCCCAAGAUUCUUGGGAAAGUAAAAGCAGAGCUAGGAUAGUCUUCAUUAAAAAAAAAAAAAAAAAAAAAACAUUACUCAUGAAAUUAAUGUUGAAAAAAAUAGGAAAGAUCAUGAAAAUCUGUGAUAAUCUUGUAGAAAUCACACAUAAAAUAAAAUAUAACAUGCUUAUUUUUCUUGUGAAUUCAUGUAUGAUUUUAUGUGCGUGCCCUGCAACUAAGCUGAGAAAUAUACCUUGAGUCCUAUG